ACUAUAGUUCAAUGCAAUUUAAUUUCAGAAAAGUUUAAACAUGACCAGCCAGGAGAAAAUCAAAGACGGACAUCUGAAACCGGAAGUUGCAAAAACGGAGGGAACUUUGCCUGUAUUUGGACAGGAUAUCCGAAAGGAAUUCAUGUUAAGGGAGGGAAGUGUUUUCCUAAAUCAUGGCUCGUACGGAAGCAUGCCGAAAUGUGUGCACGACAGACAAGUCAGGUAUCUGAUUGAACUGGAGGAACAUCCAGAUAUCUGGUUCCGCUACAACAUGUACAAGUACCUGGACACUGCCAUCGAAACUGUGGCCGGGUUCAUGGGGGUGAAGAAAGAAGAUACAUUUAUGCUACAGAAUGUCACAAAAGCGGCAAAUACGGUUCUGAAGACAUUUCCUUUGAAUGCGGGUGACGGCGUUCUGGUGAACACUCUGACGUACGGGGCAGUGAACGUAGCAACAAGAGUGACCACAAAGGCCAUUGAAGGUGCCAUGACCUACUCAUUUAACAUCGAUUUUCCUAUUACGUCAGAAGAUGAAAUCGUUGCAAAGUAUGAUGAGUACCUCGUAGAGCAUCCGGAUGUUAAACUGGUGAUUGUUGACCACAUAACUAGCCCUACUGCUAUCGUCAUGCCAGUCAAAAAGAUUGUGGAGGUCUGCCAUAAACAUGGCAAGGUCGUCUUUGUUGACGCCGCUCAUAUACCCGGGCAAAUUGAAGUGGACAUUGUUGACCUAGAUGCAGAUUUCUAUGCAGGUAAUCUCCACAAAUGGGUGUUCUGUCCCCGUUCUAGUGCAUUUAUAUGGAGAAACCCGAAUCGGCCACACGCCUGGUUCAAACCGCUAGUCACCUCAGCUUUUGAGCACUCCGGAAUUCAUGAAGCUUUUGCUUAUGAAGGAACGAAGGAUGACAUACCCUACUUAUGUGCUGUGGACGGGAUAAAUUUUCUUCGACGUUUAGGAGGCGUGGAGAGGAUCCGGGCUUAUUGUAUACCGCUUCUAAAGAAGGGAAUGGCUUACUUGGAAGAGAAGUGGGGGACUAAGCGACUAGACAUUCCUGAAAACUUGAGAUCUCCUUACCAGUGUAUGAUUGAAGUUCCGUUUAUACGAGGAUUCUCCGAAAUAGACGUUGAGCAUUCAAUAAGCGGAGUAUUCAAGGGACAUAAUCUAGUACUACAAAAGUUGAUACUUGAAGAAUACGAUGUCCAGAUUGCGGUUGUCUUCAUGGACAACAAGCUUAUGGUCAGGGUGUCUGUCGCAGUGUACAACACAAUGGGUGAUUUUGAAAAACUCGCAGAGGCUGUUUUGGACUUGGCUCGCAAGCGAAACGAAAGAAAUGAGAUAUAGACUAUGUAUUAGCUCUUCACUCUUCUUU